UCAGUGUAAGCAAAGGCGGGUGCACGCUGGGGGACAUUCCUGGGCUGGGGACAACACGCAGGUGGGCAGGGGAGGAGCGAGGAUCAAGGAGGUCAGCCUGGGACACAAUCCCCCUGGGUACGAGGUGCUGCCUGGCUGAGGCACACGGGGGGCUGGGGGAUUUCGGGAGCAUAUUUUGGAGGAGAGGGGUAGUUUGAGGGCACGUUGCAAAGGCAGGCAGGGGUAGGGCUUGGUUGCUUGCUCUCCUCCUCCCUGGUGAAGAUCCGCCCCAGGCCAAGCGCAGCGAUUGUGAGCCCCAAGGGAGCCGACGCAGCUUGACAGACUGUAUCUCCCUCUGCCACGGGGCCUGGGGCGCUGCGAUUUCACACUCCGGCGGCCCUGUCACUGCUACGCCAUGCAGGAGCUGGGCUCUCACUCCCACUCUGCCAUGGCCUCAUCAGGAAAAGCUGCCAUUGCCUCCUCCUGCCUCUCCUUUGAGUGCUUCGACACCCUGACCAAGUCGUGCAUCAAGUGCUCCGACCUGUUCCAGGACAACACAACAGAGCCCACCCUGGCACCCCCCCUGACCAGCACCUUCCUGACCUUCGGGGUCCCGGUGGUGGUGGGGGUCGUCCUGGUUCUGGCUGCCGUCUGCGUCUUCCUGGCCUGCAAGGAGGGAAAGCGAAGGAGAAAGAGGAAGGCAGCAGAUGAAGAGGACAAAGAAAACAUAGACGUUGCCAGCCCCCUGCCCAGCCAGGACUCUGCCAUGCCUGAGGGAGAGGGUGCCCUGAACCCAGCCCCAUGCCUGCACCUUGUUGGGAGCCUGAAGAUGCCGGGGACACCCAGGAAAGCCAGGGCAAAGCAGAGGCCGUGCUGCCAGGGCGAUGCUGAUGGCGACAUUGUUCUGCUCUCCGCUGUGUACCCCCGGCCUGAGGAAUGCAACCACAGCUUCCCACUGCCUGCCACUGAGCUGGGGGCCACAGCACUGGUCACCACCAAAACCACCCAGAACUGCGCCAGAGAGGAGAGAGUCUGAGGGCAAGGGGAAUGGAGCUGGAGAGCUCUGGCCAAUCCCUGAGGAUACUGAGAGCCUGCUCCUGGAUGAGUGAAGCCUUCCAUGGGUAUGAGCUCCAUGAGGACCAAGAUCAGCCUUUUAAGAUGACUGUCCUUUUUGUGCUGAGUCCCAGGUUACAUGUGUAAAUGCUGGAGGAAGCCGAAGUGGAUCAUGCUGAGUUACAAUGAACUGUCAGCAGCUGCCAUGGCUGAACCAUAGGGAGGAGGCAGAGACACAGCCUGUGAGGAUGGAGUGUGGCAAGGACUGCUGUGCCAUUUGCAAGGCAGCUGUUGUGCCUGGGCAGGUGUCCUGCUCAGUGGGUAACUGCUGGGAACAUGGGGCUGGAACACCAGAAACUGCGGGGGAAAAGGAAGCAGGGAGUUACUUUAGGGCCAAAUCCCACACAGUAGUAGCUCGAGUUUUGCUACGGACCUCAAUAAAAGUGGACUUGAGGCGAUGUGAAGCAAGGCACACCCAGCAUCUACUCCAUUUACAGUCCUGCCACCCUGUCUUCUGCACUCUGUGAUACCCAGGUCUUCCCACCCUCUGGGCUCUCUCACAUGGUGGCAGGCAUCCACCAGCACUCCCGCCACAGCCAGGUACCCUGGGGAUAGAAAAAAAGUUCAUCUUCCCAAGCAGUGAAGAGGGGAAAAAAAAUCUGUCCUUGUUCUGACCUAUAGUCCCUGAAGUUAGGGAGGAGCAGUGGAGACAGCCAGUCCAGAGGAGCUCCCUGGAUGUGUCAUUACAGCCCCAGACAACCGUCACUUCAGCUCACUGUCGCUGCAGAAAUACCGUGUGUCACUUGGGAUGGGUGCUUCCACACUGCACGAAAGCAGUCAGGGAGUGAUGUGAGCGUAGGCAGGAUGACUUAAUUUAUGACAGUGUCCUCAAGGCUUUGCCUGUGUGCCAGAGCUGGCCAGCAUUGCUGAUCCCAGGCAUUUCCCUGCAGGUGGGUUUCUUCACCCGUCUGUGAGUGCCUUUACUGCACAGGAAGGGCUCUCUUUGCGAAGUGAGCUCUUUUGUGUGGGAUUGAUGAUUCUGAAUAAUUACAGCAGCUGAUGCCCUCUGGCUGAACAGAGACUCUGGGCUGGGUGAGAAGCCCCUGGAGAAGGUGAUUAGUCACUUAGAAGUGCUUUAGGGGCUAUUUACGUGAAGCACAAUCUCUGGGUCUGCUCUUCCUUAGAUGAGGUGGCUUCCUUGUCUGGGAGGUUUUGGACACUGAACAGAGCUGGACAAGCAAGGUUUGGGGGCACUGACACCAGGCACUAAUGGGCCACCAAGUGCCAUAUUCCCAGUAGGGUGAGUUGGAGGCACUGUGUGGAGGGGAUGUCCCUCUGAUGAUGGGAAGGUGACUCCCUGCCCAAGCCUGAGCUCUCUCUGGGGCUGCAGAACAGGUGCUACUGUUGAAGGGUGACCCCUCUCUUCUCCCCUUUCUGCACUGCAGUCAGACUCAUGGAAUCUGUCUCAUAAGGGCAACCACAGGUGCUGCCACAGGAGCAAGGCCAAAAUUACUCACCACAAUUCCUCUCCCAGACCUUCACAGACUGGCAGAGGUGAACUCUCAUCUGACUGAGGCUCCACAUGAUCUAGGAUGGGAUGGAUUCCCAUCUCAGCCUUGGGGCUGACGAUGGUGGAAGAGGUGGUCCAUGUGCCAAGUGACUGUCUCCUGGGGCUCCAGACACCUGUGGCAGAAACUGGGGGCUCAAAGGUUGAUGUCCCAGCUACCCAAACAGCCUUGCUGCCCUUUGCAGAGGAGGUACUGCUACGGCAUGAAUCAGACAUCUCCUCAUCCUCAUGCUGCGCACCCAACCCUGUGAAGUAACUUCAAACAACCUGUGUGUAUGUGGAGGGGGGAAAAGAGCUGAAGCCAGGUCGGGAGAUGUUUUGUCACUAGAAGAACUGCUUCUGGGAGACAGAGCAACUGUUUCAGGGGAGAUGGGGGUGAUAAAAAAAUGGAGCAGAACUGUCAGGAGCCACCUCCACUUUCCUUCCAGUGACAGCAGCAGCCCAGACCUGUGGAUGCACUGCCCACCCUAAAUGAUCUGGGAAUUUGAAAAAGAAACACCCAUACAAAUCCUAUUGAAAAAGCUCCUCUUUCUGCUCAGGCAAGGACUUCUGUUCUCAUUUCUGCUGGAGCUUAAGCCAGACAUCUCCCUGUACAGGAUGCCACUGGCAUUUGCAGCACUCAGAGUGGCAAUUGGAUCCACACUGUAUUCCUCAAGCAGUGAGUGCCCCUUGGAUCUCCUCUCUGUUAUGGCACGUGAGGUGUCUUCCCUGCAUCAUGUCUGCCAGCUGUGGUGGGGCAGUGCUCCCCUUCUGCUCAGUCUGCCCAGGAGAGAUCUGUAACCUGCUCUGUGUGCUUCUCCAUCCUUAUGUACAGGGCAGAGAGUUCUCCAUUUUGUCUGCAUGGGAGGCCAAGGGAAUAGAGAUUAAAAAUAUGGCA